AGUUCCAUGUUUGAAGUAACCUCCCAAGAUGUCGUUUAUCUUGCAUCACCAUAUACAUUUGAUCCUUCCAUAGUACAAAUGUUCCUCGCUUUUUACAAUGGCGCUGAACUGUUGAUUACUCCUCAAGGUACAAAACUAAUUCCACAAGAGUUGUGUCAGAAACUGUUCGAUCAGCAUCAUGUUACAAUUUUACAGGUAUGUCAUUUCUGCUGCGCAUGGCAAUUUGUUCGGUAAUACUGUAAAACUCAAAAGCAUAUUUUUGCUAAAAAUCUGUGAAUGUCGGGCAAACUCACUGCACAAUCAAAGUAAGUUUGUUUUGCGAGGUGAAUUUUGGGGAUCUAAGUCGUGCAAGAACAGGACAUUGCCACCAUACAGUGUGUUUAGAACGAUCGCAAGAAGAGUAUAAAAAGAAUAGAAUGGAUGUUCUCUUGAUCAAGUGUUAUGGAGGUAAUAACCAUGGCCAGAUUUUAGGCGGAGGUGUGGGGGAAGUGCGAACCUCCCCUGAGAUCGCUCUGUACCUCCUCUAGAAAGCCAUGAACCUCCCUUUGAAAUAGAUUAAAUGAUAUAUCAAAGUGAAAAAUUUACAAAGUUUUAUGUUUUGGGAUCUACACUAGCUAUGCAAGAACGUUUUUCUGUAAAAUUGAUAGUGAUAGCCAUUCAUCUCCGUGUCAAGUAUACCCUUUAAUGGAAUGUUUCGAAAGUAAAUUUGUGGUAAUGUAAUGAAGGGCAAAACUGGAUGAGUCGUACAGUCAUAAUUCAUAAAAUUAAUACACGUACAGGUAUAUAUGCAUAAGUCACGUAGUUGACUUUAGGGAGGUAUACGUUAUAAGCCAUAACAUUCCAUGGGGGCUGAGCUAGACCGCUGCACCUCGCCUAAAUUUUUUCCACGUUCCCCACUAUUUCCACCAAAAUCCGGCCUUGGUAAUAACCACAACAAACACUAAACAUAUACAUGAUGAGGGUAAACGUGCUCAACACUUUGUAAUAUCGAAGUUAUUUCCCCGUUUAAAUUGUAGCCAACGCCAUCGCUGUUGUACUACAUUGGUGAAGAUCUGGUUAGUAGGAAGUUACUCUCGGAAAACUCUAGUCUUUCGGUUCUAGCGAUUGGAGGAGAAUCGUGUCCACCUCUGUCGACACUGACAAAAUGGAAACAUUCUAAAUGCAAAACCAGGCUGUAUAAUAUCUAUGGCAUUACAGAGGUCUCAAGCUGGGCGACAUGCCACCGCAUUACUGAGGAUGAACUUAACCUUACCGUUGAUGACAACAGCAGUGGAAGUUUUAACGCAUGCAAACUUGGUGCCCCACUAUUGCAAACCGAGCUUAUUGUCUACGAUGAUAGUGGAGAUAUUGUUAGUGAGAAUGGUAUUGGUCACUUAUGGAUAGGUUUGUUUUGCUUUAAUAUUUAUGUAUAUACUGUACUGUCCCAUGUUUCAAUAGCUAUUUGCAAUCGUCGCAAAAAGUGCUGGAGGCGAGUUGCCCAGGCACUGUACAGGUUGUACAGCUUUUCGUUAUUUCUACAUGCCGGAUCGACUUUGCAUACAUCGAUUUGUAUGGCGAUCAAUCGUGAAAUAGAACGCUGGCUCUGGCUUCACAUAUUAAUAUAAAUCAGGGGCGGAUCUAGUAUGGGGAUGCAGGGGGAGGGGUGCGCACCCCACAUAGUGGUGUCUAGCAGUCGCCUAGAGAAGUCCAGCACCACCCUAAAAUAUCUGAUUGACCAUACAUUUCUGCUUUUCAAAUAGCGAUUAGCAGAACUUCUGCUGUUAGCGCGUGUCAAUUUCUUGAAACGAUUUAGUUGAUUUUUGAGCUCACGAGAAAAUACUGAGAAUGCUUUAGUUACAGCACAGACACUGUAUAUACUGUAUCGUGGUUAAAUAUGUAAACAUGUCGAUGUACAGCCAUAUUUUCAAAUAUAUUGUUCUUUAAGAAGCAAAUUUACUAUACUAUACUAUACUGUGCUACAGCAACUGUCCAGUCACGCAUACGUGAUAAAAAGCCGAUAUAAACUAUAUAUAAAACAAAAUAUAAUGUAAAACGUACCAGAACGGGAACAUGCCAUCUGAAAUAAUGGUAAUGUUGGGAUAGUUUAGCGUUGCAGGCUGCAGAGGAGAAUGGGCAGUAAGACUCCCUUAUGCACCACCCCGUGGAGAACUUGCACCCCUCCUUGCAGAUGAGGCUAAAUCCGUCCUUAAUAUAAAUUGAUUGAAAAAGAUGAAAAGGAAGGUGUAUUAAGGAUACUUUAAGAACAUUGCUUCACCAAAUCUAGCUAGUUGCUCAAGGUAUUACAUGUGGAGAACAACUUAAUAUUUAAUAGGUUGUUUAUACUAGCACCCUGAGAUAGAUUUAUUCUUGAUGAACGUUUAACUUCUUUCGUUAUAGGUGGUAAGGAUCGCCAGUGUUUACUAGAAGGCGAAACGGAGGAAAACGUACCAAUCAUGAGAGAUAGUGGUGACAUUGUGCAGAUUAAGGAUAGUCAUAUGUUUUAUUUAGGACGUUCUGAUAACCAGAUAAAGAGAUUUGGCCAUAGAAUCAAUUUGGAUUACAUUGAAAAAACUGUUUGUGAAUAUACGGAUGUAACUUCAUGUACAUUGGUGCUCGAGACCGUCUCGACCGGCGGCACGCUGCUACACUUAUAUGCCGUCCCAAAGUUGUCAAAAGAAAGAACCGCAGGCGAUUUGGAAAGGUACAAGACGGCAUUGUGCAAACAAAUUAAAGAUGCUUUACCAAGACCAUCCCAACCAGAUGAGGUUCACUUGGUUUGUAAAUUUCCCUUAACAAGCCAUGGAAAAGUCGACAAACGUGAAGUUUUAAAAAGUGUCCAUGAUCGUUAUUUACCUUAUAAAGAUGACCUUUCUGUGGAUGCAGCUCUUUCUCAAAUGUGGCAAGAAAGCGUAGGGCAAAACCUAAGUGUCCUUACCAUCGAUAAAGAAAGUAGUUUGAGACAAAGCAAAUUAAAUUCAUUGAUGAAACCAUUUAGUGAUCUCGAUCAAAUUCCACAUGUGAAACCAGGUGAUAUGUUUAUGUUGCAAGGUGGCGAUUCACUGCGCGCUGUGCAGUUUGCUGAACAGAUAGAAAAGUGGAUGCGCAAGCGCUGUGGCAACCCGCUUGAUCUUUCAAUGCUGUUUGAAAUAAUCACUAACAAACCCUUCAGCUAUCUUGUCAGCUAUGUGGAGGGAACUCUGCAAAUAGGAAUUUCCCAUUCCACUAAAUCAGAUGAAAGAGCUAACGGGGACAGAAAACGUUCUCCAAAUACUGACUCACAGCCUAUUGCGAAGAUGUCGAGGAGCGAUAACAAUUCGGCAAGUAUAGAUAAUGAUAAACCUUUCUUUCAAAGGACAAUUUCGGUUGAAGACGACCAAAUAUGUACCUGCUUUGUAAGACGUGGUUCAGAAAGAUUCGCAUGUUCGCCAUGUGAAAAUACUCCAGGAUGUUCUAUUUUGCGCCUUGAUGCUCCAUCAAUAUCUCCCAUAACAGAAUUGCCAUUGAAAUGGAGCGUCUGUAUGGAGAAAUGUAUAGAUGCAUCGCCCCUUGUUGUUCCGUCCUGCCUUGCUGGUGAAGGUGAAGUGUUCAUUGGCUCUCAUUCAUAUCUCUUUAUGUCUGUUUCACUCUCAAAUGGAGAAGUUUUAUGGCAAAUUCGUCUUGGUGGGAGGAUCGAAUCUUCAGCUUGCUUAUCCCGUUGUGGAAAGCUGAUUGUUGUUGGUAAGUCGUGUAUUCUUCUUUUUCUUAUUUUUUAUGUAUGCAUUUGUUAUUAAUACGACUCUAUUAGUGCUUUAAUUUGUACAUUUUUAUACUGGACCACAAUAAUAUGCGUACACGGAAUUUAUUCAAUGACCGUUUGACUAUCCUAAAAUUACCUUUAUUAAAGGUAAUUACCUGUUAUUACAUACUGUUAUGUGAUUUAAAUCAUUUUUGUUUCAAUUGUCUCGAUGUGCUUUUCAUUCUAUUACGUAUAUGUUACUAUGCAGUUAUAUGUUAUAUGUUACAUCACAUCUACAGUACUUGUGCAAUCUAUUUCGUACAUAUUAGAUCUUGUACUGAACCUUUUAGUUUUGCAUUUUACUGCACAUUAUAUGCUGUGCUUCACUUUGCCGUAUUGUAAUAUUUGACCAUUCGUUUUUAUGCAAUUCCACUUCAUUCCACACAUCUUCAACACGAAAGGAAUAAUCUAGCUAGAAUUAUGGGUAAAUAUAGUAGUAUUUUUCGUCCACCACAGCUUAAAUAAUUUUCUAAUUUUCGUUAUAAGGCUGCUACGAUGGCAAGAUAUAUGUCUUGGCUAGGAGCAAUGGGAAGAUCGCUUGGACAUACCAAACACAGGAUGUCGUGAAAUCGUCACCAUGCCUUGAUUUGAAAACUGGAUUAAUUUGGAUUGGUUCCCAUGAUGGUUGUUUAUACGGUUUAGAUAUUACUCGUAAGGUAUGCAAAAUGUGCGUGAAAUGCAAGGAAGGUUCGUGCUUUAGUUCUCCGGCCAUAUCUUAUGAUCCUCAUUGUGUCUACAUUGGGACACUUGCGGGAUGUUUUCUGUGUGUAGAUGCCGUUUCUGGUGAAGUCAAGUGGAUUAAACGACUUGAAAAACCUAUAUUUUCUACGCCUUUCGUACAAGGUAAUAAUGUGUUUGUCGCAACGGUGAACGGUUGUCUUAAAUGUUUAAAUCACUAUGGAGACGAAGUUUGGGAAUUACGUACAGAUGAUCCAUUAUUUAGUUCUCCAGUGGGUAUCACAUCCCAAAGGGCUGCGAUAGCUUGUGAUGUUAUCCUUGCUUCACAUGGCCAUAAGGUCUACUUCGUUUCAUCGGAAGGUAAAUGUGGAUGGUCAACUUCGGUUGACGGACCUGUUUAUGCAACUCCAUGCUUUGUCGUUUGUAACUAUGAUUUGAUCAAACAGGAAACUUUUACCUCACAGACUUUUGGCUCUAACAGUGUUUGUAUUGUCGUUGUAACAACAAAAGGAACAAUGUAUUUGUUGGCUGCCAGUAAUGGUAAAAUUUUAAAAACAUUUUCUCUCCCAGGCGAAGUAUUUUCGUCCCCUAUAAUAGUGGGUAGUGAUAUUGUGCUUGGUUGCAGAAAUGAUUAUUUGUAUUGCGUCAAGUUAAUCUGUUAUAAGUCGUAAGUCAUAUGUAGUGUUUCUGUCGGCCGAGAUAACUUUGGAACCGUGCAUGGAACUAAUUUGAUUGUUUAAAGCGUGAUACGGUGCGCGAUAUGGUGGUGUCGUGCUUUAUAUAAACAGUGAAACUUAGAAUAAAUCCCAUAAGGAUGAGGCGAAAGUCUUCUGGGUAGGCAAAAUAUGUGAAGACUUCACAAAACGAAUUAGCUGGAUAAGUAAUGAUCGAUGCAACUUGUAUUACCUUUGUACACAUUAUAGACCGA